AUGAACGAGCACCAGAACUGUGUCACAAUCUUACGUGUCCACAGCAUCUGAAUCCCUGCAACAAUUUCCCACCACUCUCCCAACAAUACCCAUUACCUGAAACGGAAACGAACCACCUCUCUGUGAAACCUGCCAGGGGAAUUUAAUUCCCCCUCUUCUCCCUUAUAUUCCCAAUGUGGAAGAAGAAUCAACCCCAGUUUCCAAUUGGAUUAAAUGUUCUUUGCUGCUGCACCAAUCCCACUCUCUCCGAUUCGUAAUAAUCCCGCUGGCAUUUCCGCAUCAGAUUCCCUCCUCCUCCUCCGCUUCACCCUAUCAUCAUCCUCAUUAAUCUCUCCUCGUAAUUUGAAAUGCUUCCUAUUUAAGUCCUCUACCAUGCGCAUUCCCAAGAAGCCCGUUUCGCUCUGCCUCGCUUUGUUUUCUGCUCCUCCUGAAUUGUCCUCCUUCUCUUAUUCCCGGAUUCGCUUCGCUUCCUCGGCCAUUCUCGGCCAACCAGAUCGCUCUCACUCUCCCGGAAAGCGGAAAGGAAUUCACACAGUAGGAGGUAAUCAAUUGCGAGCCAGCUAUUCUAUGGAAAAGAGCCACGAGACUGUUGCAGGUGACAACAAGAGCUCGACACAUCUUCUGCACAUGGGUUCUUGUCAUGGUGAUCAAGAACCACGUGUGUGGUCAUCUCCCGGAGGAGGGUUUGAAAUUGAUCUAGGAAAGCGUAUCUUCUGCAACCGAUCCUUGAAUAUGAAGAAUAUUGUUGCAGUGGGGUUUGAUAUGGAUUACACAUUGGCACAAUACAAGCCAGAAACCUUUGAAUCUCUUGCAUAUGAAGGCACUGUCAGGAAAUUGGUAUUCGAUUUAGGAUACCCGCGCGAGUUGCUGGACUGGACAUUUGAUUGGAAGUACAUGGUGAGAGGCUUGGUUCUUGAUAAGAAGAGAGGCAACAUCUUGAAGAUGGAUCGGCAUAAGUAUGUGAAGGUAGCCUACCAUGGAUUCAAGGAGUUGUCUAAGGAAGAUAAAGUUGGUAUCUAUGGAAACACAUUACUAAGGGAUUCCUUUGACGAGCCUGAUUAUGCUCUCAUUGACACCCUUUUUUCUCUAGCUGAAGCCUACUUGUUUGCCCAAUUGGUUGACUUUAAAGACAACAAUCCUGGAAAGGUUCCAAAGGGUGUCGAUUACGCUGUUAUCUACAAAGAUGUUCGAGCUGCAGUUGAUUUGUGCCACCGUGAUGGAACUUUAAAGCAAAUGGUUGCAAAAGAUCCUAGCAGGUAUAUUAAUGAAGAUACCUCCAUUGUUCCCAUGCUCAAAAUGCUUAGAGAUUCUCGCCGAUCUACAUUCUUGGUAACAAACAGUUUAUGGGACUAUACAAACAUUGUAAUGAAUUUCCUCUGUGAGUCACGUACAUUGGAUGGUAGUAGAAAAUGCAAUUUCGACUGGCUUCAAUACUUUGAUGUCGUCAUCACUGGCAGUGCAAAGCCAGGCUUCUUCCAUGAUGGCAAUCGUGCAAAUCUGUUUGAAGUUGAACAUGAGUCUGGGAUGCUAAUUAAUACAGAUAAUGGCUCUCCUAUGGCCCAGGUUGGAAGUUCUCCACCGGCAUUCUCAUUGAAGGGAACAGAUAAGGCUUGCAGAGUUUUCCAGGGAGGCAGUGUUGGUCAUCUUCAUAAACUGCUUUCAAUUGAGUCAAGUGCACAGGUUCUCUAUGUUGGGGAUCAUAUCUAUGGUGAUAUUUUGCGUAGCAAAAAGGUUCUUGGGUGGAGAACAAUGCUUGUUGUUCCAGAGCUAGAGAGGGAGGUUGAACUCCUGUGGGAAUUAAGAGAUACCCGCAAGCAACUUCGAUUGUUGAGGAAUGAACGUGACCUCAUUGAGGACAAAAUGCAUCAUUUGAAGUGGUCUCUGAAGUUUGAAGAUAUCAGUGCUGAGGAGAAGCAACAGUUAUCUUCUGAAUACAACGCUUUGGAGUCUCAAAGGGCUCAAGUGCGGUUCAGUCAUCAAGAUGCUCAGCGUAAAUGCCACCAAAAGUUUCACAAGACUUGGGGACAACUCAUGAAGACUGGUUAUCAGAACUCUCGCUUUGCACAUCAGGUUGAGAGAUUUGCCUGCCUGUAUACUAGUCAAGUUUCGAACUUGAGCCUGUACUCCCCGGACAAAUACUACAGACCCAGUGAAGAUUACAUGCCCCAUGAAUUUGAUAUUAUUCCCUUAUGAAGAAAUGAGGCAUCCUAAGAAAAGGGGCAUAGCAUGUUGGGAAAGCAUAAAAUAGAGCUUGCACCGAAGCCUUCUUCCUCUAGAUGUUUUGCUGUAAUACAGUAACUGUAAAAAUGAAUUGCUUAAGAGCAUACUCUUAUGUGGUAUAAACUUUUCUAUGAGAAUCUAGUAGAUCAGUUCCGUGCGUAUUA